AUGGCCUCUAAGUACUUUUCUCCACAGGGAGGUCUGCCCCCUCAGACCCAACUGCUCACAGACCGCGCCAUGUUCACUGAAGAAUUAUCCUAUUCUAUAAUCACACGCGGAACCAUGCGAGAUAUCGUCGUGAGCUUCCUCCCGUAUUGGGAGAAGACCCGGUUGUGGGUGAUUGCCCGUCCAUUGUCUGGGUUCGCCGAGACGUUCUCGCAAUACAUUAUGGAAGUGCAGGCCGGGGGCGGCAGUGACCGUGCGGAGCUCGAUGACACCGCCGAGGGCGUCGUGUUUGUGGUGGAAGGCGAGGUCUCAAUUACCCUGGACGGCAAAACGCACACGCUCACCGAGGGCGGCGCGGCGACGGCCCGCUUCCACUGGAUCCGCAAGGCCUACGAAGCGGUCGACGGACUCGAUAUGCCCGAACCCAUCUUCCUCAAUGAAAAAGAAAUUGCGCCGACUGUGAUGCCGGAUACCAAUGGAGCCUGGGCAACCACCCGUUUCGUCGAUCCAACCGAUCUUCGUCACGACAUGCACGUCACCAUCGUGACAUUUGAGCCUGGCGGUGUGAUUCCCUUUGCCGAGACGCACGUUAUGGAGCACGGUCUCUACGUUCUGGAGGGUAAAGCCGUCUACCGACUUAACCAGGACUGGGUCGAAGUGGAAGCGGGCGAUUUCAUGUGGCUGCGUGCCUUCUGCCCGCAGGCCUGUUACGCGGGCGGCCCUGGCAAGUUCCGCUACCUGCUUUACAAGGAUGUGAACCGUCACAUGAAGCUCUCCCGGUUUUGA